AUGAAGGGAAAGGGGUCUCAUGAUUCCUUCAGCUUCUACAUUGAUGAAGCCUCUCCAGUAGGUCCCGAACAGCCAGAAACCGUCCAGAAUUUUGUCUCUGUGUUUGGAACUGUGGCCAAAAAGCUGAUGCGGAAAUGGUUAGCUACUCAAACAAUGAACUUUACUGGUCAGCUAGGAGCUGGAAUCCGCUAUUUUGAUCUUCGAAUUUCCACCAAGCCCAGAGACCCCGACAAUGAACUCUACUUUGCUCAUGGUCUGUUCAGUGCCAAAGUCAAUGAAGGCCUAGAGGAGAUCAAUGCAUUCCUCACAGAUCACCAUAAGGAGGUAGUGUUCUUGGACUUCAACCAUUUUUAUGGGAUGCAGAAAUAUCACCAUGAAAAACUGGUCCAAAUGCUGAAAGACAUCUAUGGAAACAAAAUGUGCCCAGCGAUUUUUGCCCAGGAAGUUAGUUUAAAGUACCUGUGGGAGAAGGACUAUCAAGUGCUGGUCUUCUACCAUAGUCCAGUGGCUCUGGAAGUGCCCUUUCUCUGGCCUGGCCAGAUGAUGCCGGCACCUUGGGCCAACACCACAGACCCUGAAAAACUGAUCCAGUUUCUUCAGGCAUCCAUCACUGAGAGAAGAAAGAAGGGCUCAUUUUUUAUAUCUCAGGUGGUGCUGACCCCCAAAGCCAGCACAGUGGUCAAAGGGGUGGCAAGUGGACUCCGAGAAACAAUCACAGAAAGGGCUCUUCCUGCCAUGAUGCAGUGGGUGCGCAUGCAGAAGCCAGGAGAGAGUGGCAUCAACAUUGUCACUGCUGAUUUUGUAGAACUUGGUGACUUUAUCAGCACCGUCAUAAAGCUCAACUAUGUCUUCGAUGAAGGAGAAGCCAACACUUGAUAGUACUGACUGGAGUGUCCAUGAAUAAGCUAGAGAAGACUCAUUGUAUUUGGCAUAUUAUCCAUAAACAUUCUGAUCUUCCUAUUCCACCGAGUCUGAAGGGAUUAGGGCUGGUACUGGGUGGGAAAAGGGGGAAAACCAUUUCUUCAGUGAUUAUAAGCAUACUCUGCAUUACUGUAAACAUUUCAUUUCUCAUCUGCUGAGCAAAAUCUACUUAUAGUGUUAGGUAUAAAAAAAGGCUAGCGAAUUUCAUUUUUCAAAAUUAGUCUUUGUAUGGUACAACCCAUGAGUGUCUACUUGGUUGUGUUUUCUAAUUUCAUCCUAGGGCUACUCCUCUGUCUGUAUCCUCUAACCUUUCCACUCCCUCUCUUGCUUGCUCUUUUUAAUCAGAUGCUAUAUGGGACUGAAAGCAUUUAAAUGCCCAACAUGAUGUGUAUUACGUUGUUGUACUAAAAUUUAUUUGUUUUGUGGGAUUUGGUGUAAUAUUCUGUAGUCAUCUGCAAUUGGGCAAUCAUAGCUAACUUUAGAUAAUAGAAAAUAUGCAUCAAAUCAGUUUCCCUGCAUUUGGUAAUAUCGGAGGCCAUAAUCAGUGAUUUUUGUGUUAUAUGAAAAUAAUAGUGCUUCACAGUAUUUCUAUUUAAGGCAGCUGUAAACAUAGAGUAAAAACCUUUUUGGAAGAAGUAUGAGUGCCAACUCUACAGUGGAAAAUGGCAGAGUGGGAGGCGAUGGCUGCUACUUUAAUUCAGCAAUCUCUUAAAUCAUAUUGCCCGCAAAUGCCCAGUAAAUGAUAAACUAUAACAAGUGUGUUAAAAUCAGAAACUCUGAAAAGAAUGCUUACAAACACCCUCCUAGCAAUUCUCUUGAUUUAAAAAAAAAAAAAAAAAAGGAAAGAAAAAAAAGACCAUGCAAGCUUUCCUACCAAGUUAGGAUUUACGAACAUGUCAUUCUAAAUCCCAGAUAUGAGAAGCAUUUUUCAAGAAGCUUCAAGUUUUUGACUUGAAGGGAGGAAAGAGGAAGAGGAUCAGAAAGAGUUAAAGCAAUAUUUUUGAAAGCGUAUCCACGAAAUCAAAAGGACCCAUGAAGUAUGUUUGGGACAUUCUUAAGAUAGUGUGGUCUGGGCAGACAAGUUUAAAAUUGGCACAGACUCAUCAUCACUUCUGGGUUCCAUCCUCUCCUGGGGCAAGAUUAAGGCAGAGGCAAAAGUUUCGCAUGAAGGUUCCACGGCCCAACAUUUGAUAAUCCAGGUCUACAGGAAAGAGCAGUGGUAACACAGCUUAUCACUGCUUCCUUCUUGGCAUCUCUGUGAUAUUUGACAACUCUAAAGCAGUCUUAAAAAGAGCACAAUAACCCUUAUUUAUGUGCCUCAUGGAAUAUUGUGAGGCAUUUAUAAAAAUGUGUCAAAUUUGCUGAAAUUCUUAUAAUGAUGAAUUAUUAUAUCUUUAUAUUUAGAAAUAAUCACACCUCAAUAGUUUCCUGAGACAAUACAGUCCAUGCCACAAAGGGUCAUAGAGAAAUAAAAGCAUACUCUCAGCUUUUAAUUAGUUUAAAUGUAGGACAUGUGGGUUAAUCUCUUAGUCCUACAUAAGGGAACUGAUUUCAAGGAUAUAUGUCGAGAUCACAAAUACAACCAUGAGUUGAUUUCAAGGUUAUAAACACUCAUUAUCAGAAGAUAGUUCUUAUCAGCAACUGCAGGGAGAGAAUAGAAAUUGUUUAUACUGAAGACAAUGUUCAUGAGGAGUGUGUAGUUACCUGUGGUAGCCCGAGUAGCCUUCAUAUACACACAACAGAUGUGUUUGUACAUUCCAGUGGUGUGGACAUAUCUUGCCAUGUGCAAUAUACCGACAUAUACCCACUCCUGUGCAGGCAGUCAGAUAUAAAUAUAUACAAACACACACAGAUAUGGACAGAUACAGUAUACAAGUCUUCUUUUCAAAUGAAGACACUGAUAAUAUUAAAUCAUUUAAUUUUAGAGCUGAAACCCUUAACAAUGUGUGAAAAAGAAUGUUAAAACCAUUGAAUUUAGAGCGGCUGAUCACAUGAAAAUAUUUUUGUAAAAAUAUUUUAGCUUGAGAUUUAAUUAUUUACAAAAUAUAGUUCUUUUCUUCUUUUCACUUUCCCUUCCCUUGCAGUCUUGUUGUCUUUCUAUCACUUUUACCUGCUCUUUAUGUGCAACUGAAUAUAAAUCCUUUUUGAAGGAUGAUGGAUUACUGAAAUUUAUGUCCCAUAAAUUUGCUUUUUGGGCAGCUUUUCUGUCCAACUGACUAUUCAUUAUUCAUCCCUCAGGAGGAUCUCUAGCCAAGCACACUUUCAAUGACACAAGGAUUUAAUUUAUAAAUAUAACAGAAAACAGGUCUUUUAACAUACUAAUGAAAAAUAAAUAAAAUAUAGAGGUAACUAUGUUGUAUUUCUUGAACUUAGAUGCUUUCUUAUAAUAUUUGCUUAGAUUUAACUUUGUCAUAUGUGUCAUUUGGGUGCUGGAAAAAACAAACAUGAUGAAGCAUUAGACUAAUUGUGUAGUUUCUUAACUGGGGAAAGCUUCUUAUUGUUAUUAACGAUAUGCACACAGAAACUCAUUAAACAAAGGGUACUUUCAAGCCAAUGUUGUGGUUGCCAUGUGGACAUAGAAUCUCUGUAGCCGGCACUGAGAGCAAAUGGACUCGCCUUAAUUU